AAUUUGCAAGUUGGAGUGUGGCUGUGGAUAUAGAGAACUGUCGCCCGUGCCGCGGAUAACCCCCCCUUUUCGGGAUAAUAAUCAUCGUUUGGACUUAAUUUGGCCAGGAUAUUAUCAGCAGAAACAUCGCCCCAUGAAAUCUACGGUUGUUAGUUAGUUUUCUCCUUCGGAAUGUGGCACCAUUGGUCGCUGAAGUUAGUCCUUUUGGUUUUUAUAGCAAGGCCAACACCGUCUCAAGGUGGAAGUUGUACAAGUUUGAACCCUUGUCAGAAUGGUGCUCUAUGUGACGACAGUGGUGGUAUUAUUACGUGCAGUUGUGUGGUCGGAUUCGCUGGCGAAUACUGUGACUACCAAGAUCCGUGUGUGAAUGCAAACAACCCCAACUACACUCCCUGUCAGAAUGGUGGUACUUGUCAAGUCGUGGUUAGUACCAAUGGAGUCAAUUUUGAGUGUAUCUGUCCCAUUGGUUUCUCUGCGACUCUGUGUGAGAGUCCAGAAGCAAAUAUCUGUGAAAUUGAACAACCUUGUAACAAUGGAGGAGCCUGUAUACUUAUUACUUUGCAAGAUUAUAUCUGUCAAUGUGCAGAAGGCUACAUAGGGGAUACUUGUGAUGAACCUGAUCACUGUUAUCAGAGCCUGUCACCUUGUAGCAAUGGUGCAACCUGUACAUCAACACAGAAUGGAUUCUCCUGUGAAUGUACUACCGGAUUUACUGGAUCUUCUUGCGAUAUCAAUAUCAAUGAAUGCAUACUAUAUCCUGGUCUUUGUCAACACGGUGGCACAUGUCAAGAUUUAACAGGCAGCUAUGAGUGCUUGUGUACAUUGGAGUAUCGUGGCAGACAUUGUGAACAUGUAUACGUGCCAUGUGAACCGUCAGAGUGCGAGAAUGGUGGCACAUGUCAUGUGACUGGUUUGCUAUCAUACGAAUGCCGGUGUCCUUCAGGUUUUUCCGGUGAGAACUGUGAAGUUAAUAUUGAUGAUUGUCACAACCACCAAUGUAUGAAUGGUGCUACCUGUAUUGAUGGUCUCAACGAUUACACAUGUGAUUGCCCAAGUACCUUCACAGGUCAAUAUUGUACAGAAGAUGUGGACGAAUGUUUGGAACAGCCGACCUUUUGUAAAAAUGGUGGUACAUGCAGCAAUUCAGUUGGUGGUUUUACAUGUAUUUGUGUGAGCGGAUGGAUAGGCAGGGAUUGUGGUAUCAAUUUUGAUGACUGUGGAUCUGCCGUGUGCUAUAACGGUGGCACAUGCGUUGAUAGAGUGGGCUCAUUUCACUGUGACUGUGUUGAAGGCUAUACUGGAUUACUUUGUCACCUUGACGAUGCAUGUGUCAGCGAUCCCUGUCACCAAGGUGCAUUAUGUGACACAAAUCCAUCUACAGGGUCUGCACUAUGUACGUGUCGUAAUGGAUACACAGGCAGUGAUUGCAGUGAGGAUAUAGAUGAAUGUGACAAUGAUAAUGGCCCAUGUGAGCAUUUCGGGACAUGUGUCAAUGAACCCGGUACAUUUCGAUGCGAGUGUGCUACCGGUUUCACUGGACCACGCUGUGAAGUCAACAUCAAUGAGUGUCAGUCAUCUCCCUGCAGAAACCAUGGGUCGUGCCAAGACUGGAACGGCUUCUUUGUCUGCAUUUGUAUGACUGGCUAUACCGGUGUUUUCUGUGAUAUAGACAUAGAUGAAUGCGAGAGCAGUCCUUGUCAGAAUGGCGGGUACUGUGUUGAUGGAGUAAAUCAGUAUUACUGUGAGUGUACAACUGGUUUUCAAGGCAAGAACUGUGAAUUCGAUAUAAAUGAAUGUGCCUCUGCCCCGUGUCGGCAUGGUGCCACCUGUGAAGACAGCAUAAAUGGCUAUAUAUGUCGUUGUGUGCCUGGUUUUGCUGGGAUCCACUGCGAAACUGACAUCGACGAUUGUAAUCCCUCUCCCUGCGUUCAUGGAGUUUGCCAGGAUAGCAUCAACUCCUACACUUGCAACUGUGAUGGCGGUUACCAAGGCAACAACUGUCAUAUUGAGAUCAACGAGUGUGCUAGUAACCCGUGCGUGUUUGGCGGAACGUGUACAGAUUUGAUCAAUAGUUACAGUUGCGAUUGUGUAGCAGGUCUGACUGGUCCCAAUUGUGAAAUCAAUACCAAUGAAUGUCAAAGCAACCCCUGUCAGAAUGAGGCUACAUGUGUGGACAAGGUUAACAUGUAUUCCUGCUACUGCACACCAGGAUAUCGUGGAAAACACUGUGAAAUAAACAUUAAUGAAUGUUCCUCAAAUCCAUGUGUUAAUGGUGGAACUUGUAUAGAUGGUAUAAAUGGAUUCAUAUGUAACUGCCCGCUGGGAUACUAUGAUGCGUUCUGUCUCUCGGACGUCGACGAGUGCUCUAGCAGUCCUUGUGCGCACGGAGGAUCUUGCGUUGAUGGAGUUAAUGAGUUCAUGUGUGUGUGUGUAAGUGGCUAUACCGGUGAAAGGUGCCAAGCUGAUUACAACGAAUGCUCUUCCAAUCCUUGCCAGCAUGGUGGCACCUGUCACAAUUAUCUGGAUGGUUAUGAGUGUUCGUGUUUAACUGGCUAUGAAGGUAUCAAUUGUGAAUUCAACAUUGAUGAUUGUGCGUUUGAACCAUGCGCCAAUGGCGGGCAGUGUAUUGACCUUGUGAAUGAUUUCGCAUGUGCCUGUGACCCACCUUACACUGGAUCCGUCUGUGAAGAUCGGUUGGAUCCAUGCUUGAAUCAUGGCUGUCAGAAUGAAGCCGUGUGUGAACCCACACAGUCCUAUCAGGAUUAUAUUUGCUCCUGUGUUGGUGGAUUCACUGGUAUUCGCUGUGCUGAUGAUGUUGAUGAAUGUGUUUUUUCACCAUGUCAAAAUGGUGCCCAGUGUGUCAACACCCAUGGAACCUACCAGUGUCUCUGUGUACGAGGAUAUGAUGGCAAAAAUUGUGAGAAUAAUAUUGACGACUGUGAUCCAGAUCCCUGUCAGAAUGGUGGAACAUGCAUUGAUGAGGUUGAUGAUUAUUCAUGCGCCUGUGUGCCAGGCUUUACUCAGAAGAACUGUAUGCAAGAAAUUGACGAGUGUAUGUCCAAUCCAUGCCUGAAUGAUGCAACAUGCGACGACUAUGUAGACAGCUUCACGUGUACGUGUCCACUGGGUUUCAGUGGGACGUAUUGUCAGACCAACGACCAAGACUGCACCGACAGCUCUUGUAUGUAUGGAGGUACGUGCAUUGAUGAUGUCAACAGUUAUACUUGCCUUUGCCCACAUGGUUAUACAGGACCUAAUUGCCAGUACCAUGUCUACGAGUGUGCAUCUAACCCUUGUAUGAAUGAUGCUACAUGCAUUGAUCAUUCUGGAUUCUACACAUGUAACUGUCUUUCAGGUUAUUAUGGGGAGCUGUGUCAGACUCUGAUUGAUUGGUGCAGUGCUGUUAAUAAUCCGUGUCAUAAUGGAGGCACUUGCACUCAAAUUAAUGCCCAGUAUACCUGUACAUGUAUGCCCGGAUGGACAGGUCUACUGUGUGAUGUUAGCAUGGUUUCCUGUGGGGAUGCAGCUUUACAGCAGCAUGUACAAUUACGUGAUCUUUGUCGUCAUGGUGGAACAUGUGUUAACGAUCGUAGUAGUCAUCUUUGCAACUGCGCCCCAGGCUAUGAAGGCAGCUACUGUCAAUUCGAUACCAACGAGUGUUUGUCAGCACCUUGCCACAAUGGUGCUACAUGCAAUGAAAUGAUUGGUUCUUAUUAUUGUGACUGUUCCAUUGGAUUCACCGGUACCAAUUGCGAAAUCAAUAUUGACGAUUGUGCAAGUUCACCUUGUCAGAACGGAGGUGUAUGCCAUGACCUUAUCGACAGUUACAAAUGCUCAUGCCCAUCAGGCACUCAAGGCCAAAACUGUGAGGAUAACAUAGAUGACUGUACUAUACGACCAGGUGAGAAAUGCCAUCAUGGUGGCACUUGCGUGGACCAAGUUGGAGGAUUUCGAUGCCAAUGCCGUGCUGGUUAUGUUGGACCACGCUGUGAAGGUGACAUCAAUGAAUGUCUUUCUAGUCCUUGUGAUCCUAGAGGUACGCAGGAUUGUGUUCAACUUGUCAACGAAUAUCGUUGCGACUGCAAGCUAGGAUUUACAGGUAAACAUUGUGCUUUAGACUUUGACUUCUGCAAUCCUGAUCCUUGUCAAAAUGGUGGUAAUUGUGUUGAUGGAGUCUCUGGAUACACCUGUGAUUGUCUACCGGGUUUUACUGGAGAUGAAUGUCAUCUACUUGAAAGCAACUGUCUACCUAAUCCUUGCCAGAAUGGCGGCUCUUGUGAACCAACAGUGUCUGGGUACAUCUGUCAUUGCCUACUUGGGGUUACAGGUGAACAAUGUCAAGUUGACACGUAUGAUGAGUGUGGCUCUGCACCAUGUUUGUAUGGUGGUGCUUGUCUGGAUCUUGUCGGAUACUAUCUGUGUGAAUGCCCACCUUAUCAGAAUGGUGUCCAGUGUGAUGUCUAUGAUCCAGAGUUCACAGGUGGUAUUGGCAAGCCAGUGACUGUGUCACCAACCAUUGCUCCUGAUGAAGAGGAGCGUGGGUGCACGAUUGCAGGUUGCACUGAAAAACAUGGAGAUGGUGUUUGUGAUGAGGAAUGCAACACAUAUAAAUGUGCAUGGGAUGGUAAAGAUUGCUCAUUAGGACUACUACCAUGGGAGAACUGCACAUCCACUAGUGUCAGGUGUUGGGAGGUGUUCCAGAACGAUUUCUGUGAUGAAGAGUGUAAUAAUGAGAAGUGUCUCUUUGAUGGCUUUGACUGUGAGAAACAAGUUUCGGAAUGCAACCCUAUAUAUGAUGCAUAUUGUACAAACCACUAUGCAAAUGGACACUGUGACCAUGGAUGUAAUAAUGCUGAAUGCGAUUGGGACGGUUUGGACUGUGAUGAGUACCCACCCAUGUUUGCAGAAGGUACCUUGAUCUUGAUAAUUUUGGCACCACCAGAAGUGAUCCGGAAUAAUUCUAAACAGUUUCUCCGAGAUGUUGGUCAUAAGUUGCGUACAACAGUGGUGUUUGUGAAAGAUACAAAAGGAGAUGAGAUGAUUCUACCGUGGAGUGAAGGAGAUGAUCUGGCCACAAAUGUUGCAAUGGCUCGUCACCGACGAAGUGCCUAUUCUGGUAGCAGCCUUCUUGAUAUUAUUAUCGGGAGGCACAAGAGAGCAGGUCGCACAGGAUCUAAAGUAUUUCUGAAGCUUGACAACCGCAAGUGUCUUCAAGAGGAGAAUGAGUGUUUUGCCACGGCAGGUGAGGCUGCAUCAUUCCUUGGAGCUAAUGCCGCCCAGGAUGAUUUAGAUUUUGCGGGAUUUCCUGUGCAAGGUGCUGGCAGUACGGAUGAAGAUAUCAUUACUGCCCAGCUGCCUAACAAACUCGUAUGGGUGUUGGUUGCUGGUGUUGCUAUUGUCCUUGUGGUUGUUGUACUUGGGGUGAUAGUCUCCACUGCCAGAAAGAGAAAAGCCCACGGCACCCUGUGGUAUCCAGAGAAUUUCAACAAGUUUGUAUGUAAACCAGAGAAUCCUCGGCGUCGCUCUCGCCGGAAGGAACCAGUUGGAGAAGACUCUGUUGGAAUGAGACGUAUGGCUCAUAUGCCGAAUGGGGCAUCUGGUAGCGCCGAUCCUAACGAAAACUCAGUCUGGGACGAUGAAGGACCUUCUGUUGAACCGCACAGAAAACGAAUCAAGGUACAUACUGAACAGCCAAGUCCAAGUACCAGCUCGCACAGUGAUCAUGAGCGAAGUCUCCCUGCCGAUGAUGAGAUUGAUAACAGACUGUGGUCAAAGUCACAUUAUGAUGCUGCGGAUGUGCCCAUUCCAGCGUCGUUGGCACUCACCCCACCACAAGGGGAAGGAGAAGAUGAAUCUGAUCAACUGGAAGUGGAUGUCAAAGGUCCAGGUGGUUUUACACCUCUGAUGUUAGUUUCUUGUCGAACUGGCUAUGAUGAGAGUGAAAUGGAAGAUGGGUCCGCGGCGAUCAUAACUGACCUGCUGGCACAGGGAGCAUGUCCAUCGGCAACAACUGAACGGACAGGUGAAACUUCAUUACAUUUAGCAGCACGUUAUGCCCGUGCUGAUGCUGCCAAGACCCUACUUGAUGCAGGAGCUGAUGCCAAUGCGCAAGACUAUACUGGUAGGACACCAUUACACUCUGCAGUGGCUGCAGAUGCUCAAGGAGUAUUCCAGAUCCUGUUGAGAAACAGAGCUACUAAUCUAGAUGCCAAGAAUUUUGACGGGACAACACCGAUGGUACUUGCAUCUCGUUUAGCGGUGGAAAACAUGGUUGAAGAGUUAAUAAACGCUGGAGCAGAUCUGAAUUCCGUUGACAGUAGUGGUAAAUCUGCACUUCAUUGGGCUGCCGCUGUCAAUAAUGUAGAAUCAACAACGACUUUGCUUAAUCACGGCGCUAAUAAAGAUAUACAAGAUGAAAAGGAGGAGACGCCACUGUUUCUUUCUGCCAGGGAAGGCAGUUUUGAGACAGCGAAAAUUUUACUUGACCAUUUCGCAAAUCGGGAGAUCACCGAUCAUAUGGACAGGUCACCACGGGAUAUUGCACACGAAAGACUGCAUGACGACAUUGUGAAAUUGCUUGAUGAAUACAAUAUUGUACAAAGCCCACCUGUGGCUGUAUCUAUGUCAUCAAACGGACCUAUGACAAGUCCGGGUCAACUUUGUGGAAACUUCUUGCCUCAUAUGACUGGAUCUAAACAGUAUAAAAGGAAAGGUCACCGAUCCAAACAUGCACAUAAUCAAGGGAGCAGCCCUAUUGUUCCAAAUGGUGCUCACAUGAAUGAACUAAGUCCAAAAAUGAUGAACAGUAAUAAGGAUCAUCCACCACCACCACCGAGGAAACCAAUGAAAAAGAAGCGGGACUCUAUGGAAACAUCAGCAGCUCUCUCACCAGUUGACUCGUUGGAGUCCCCACCCAAUUACCACGAGACUUCACCGUGUAUGCAAAAUAUGUAUGCAAAGUACACUAUUGCUUUGUCUCAUCCAAGCAUUGCUAGCUUGGACACUAUUGCACCUAUAAAUGGACACAAUGUGUCCUCAGCUCCUCAGUAUUACAAGGAAAAUAUUACAGCAGCUCCAAGAUUAUCUCAUCCUUCGCCUGAUAGCAUGUGUCAAGCCAGUCGCAAUGGCAUUGUACUUAAUAGCAGUGGACUUGGACUUGAUUUAGGAGUGAUUGCACCCGUGUCUGUACCUUCUGAUUGGAUGUCCUCUGUUCAUCGCCGUAAUGGGCAUGUAUCGGUACCCACUCAAAAUCGGCAGUCAUUGGCACCACAUCACAGCUCGCAGCCCAAUUUGGACAUGAGUACACAUCCUCCCUCUUCUACUGCCGCUCCUCAUACAAGUUUUGCGACAUCCCCGUCACAGAUGGCUGCAUUCCAGGCACUUGCAGGCAACCAAGCGUCUCAGUUGGCAUAUGCAGCACAGUCUGAGCAAGAUCAACCACCGCCUCAGUAUUCAGUUGCUCGACCGACAACUAAUGUGACCCAGAUAUCAAACGGUGCUAUUCCAGUGCAUAUGAUUUGUCCACAGAACAAUCAACCUCACCACGUCACCACAGACCAGAACAACUCCCAUCAUUCCCAGACCCAGCUACCUCAGUCCCAGAUCCCACAACACGUCGCCAUGGCAGCUGAGAAGUACCCUACACCUCCAUCUCAGCAUAGCCAUAUGCACCCUUCCAGUUUAGAAAACACUCCAAAUCAUAUCAACAACAUUAUGCCAGAAAACUAUCUGACUCCUUCCCCUGAAUCGCCUGGUCAGUGGUCCAGCUCAUCUCCACAUUCUGCAAACUCAGACUGGUCUGAAGGCGUGUCGAGCCCUCCCCAGUCAAGUCAUGCCAAUGGUCACCAUGCCCCUCCUCCAAAGAUCACGACGACAGCAAUAUACAUCUAAGCUGCAGUACUCUUGUACAAUAAUAUCAUAACAUUUAUCAUUAUUUCAGGAAUUAACAAAUUAAUGCAUCUAAAUCUGAAUGCCACUGUGAUUAUUCACUCCGUGAUCGGAGAGGACAAUGCAAUUUUGAAUUCUGAAUCAGUAUUUUUUCUCUGAAUUUGUUUGCUGUGUUUAACUGGAAAAAAUCAUAUCUAUUACAUAUUUUUGGACCAAAAUCUUGCGUUUUAUCAUGGACCGUACAAGUUGUGAAAAAGGAGCCAUAUUAGCUUCAUCAAACGUGCAAAUUUUCCUCAAAUUUAUUUUGCUCUCUCUUUCAGGACCAUUUGUGCUGAUUGAAAACUGUCAGCAUCAUUUUGAUAUUUUGAUAGUAAAACACAGCAAUAAAGAAGUGUCCAAAAAGUGACUAGUAAUUUUCUUUUACUGCCAGACAAAAAUUAUUUUUGGAACCAAGUUAGAAGUUUUCUGUAAUUCCUUUUCAGUUUCUAUUUUUGAGUUUCAAGAAAUUGUUAGUUACUGGAAAAUAACAGUGAUUACAUUUAAAACUGUUGCAUUUUACCGUUUUGUAGUUACAAUGUGUUGAUGACUGGAUGAGACAGGCAGAUGUUAGCCACUUGGAUUUCACUUAUUAACAAAUUAACACUGAGGGAACACUGCUCAUACUGUAGUCUGCCACAAUAGAGAUAAUAAUAUAUUUUAAAGUAAUAUAUAAUCUUGUGUGGACAUUAUCUAUUUUAACAAAAAGGUGUAUGUUUUGAUGCCAUUGCUCUGUUUAACCAUGCACAGUGGUAACUGAGAAGUAUCACCACACCUGUGCUCCAUUAUAAUGUGAUCCUGCUGGAAACAAGGUUGAUUGGAUUCAAUGGACUGUUCCAUUAUAAAUAGGGGAAAUCCAGUCGCAUGCAUGAUUUAUAUAUAUGCAUGUUUAUUAUUGAGAACAAUAUUGUACAUAAGAUAAGUUCAUGUGUAUUAUUACUUUUAUUUUUUUUGUUAUUUUUGAUAAAUAUUAUAUUUCUAGUUAAUGUCAAGAUUCAACGAGGGAGACCAGUUCUUUCUAUAUAUAACAAAAAAGAAAUAACAUUAUUUAUGUAUAUGUUCUUUUUUCAUUGGGGAACAAAGUAAUUUUUUUAAAGAGAGAGAUGGUUGCAUAGGCUUUUACUUAAAUAAGUGGCGAGUCCACAUCUUAAAUUAGGCCAGUCUUGUGUACUAGUGUGUAUUUUAUUCAGAGACUCAUUUUAAUAUUGUAAUUGGAUUAUGAUUUUUGGACAUUUUAACAACAACAAAAAAUAAUUGCCCUUAUAAAACAGAGUUGCUAUUUUUGAUAUAUUGGAACUUUUAUUUUUUGUUUCCCAGCAUUAUUGUGACACGCAUAUUAUGUAUGGUUCGUUUGAUGGUUUAUUAAUUUGUUUGUGCUGCACAAAGUAUUAGUUUAGAAGUUAGAAACCAGAGUUAUUAUUAUUAGAACUGCCAUUUGUUUUUAUUUAAAUGAAUACAUGUAAAAGAAUUUUGACAUUUAAUGGUUCAUUGGGUUGUUAAUGUCUUUUGCCCGGGG